AUGGAUACAUCAAGGAAAGUACAGUUUGAGGAAGCGUUAAAUUUAACCGGAUUCGGCAAAUUCAACUACGUAACAUUACUGGUGAAUGUUUUAGUGAUACUUAGUGUUGUGUUUGAGAUUUAUUCCGUUUCCUAUGUCGUACCAACAAGUGCCUGUGACUUGCAGACUACAGUUUAUCAACAGGGGUUGAUUGCUAGUACACCCAUGGCCGGUAUUAUAAUAACAUCGAAUUUUUGGGGGUAUCUGGCUGAUACGAGAGGCAGACGGAAAAUAGUUAUUCUGUCGCUCUUACUCUCAUUCUCUUCUAGCACUCUGGCCUGUUUUUCACCAAACUGGAUAUGUUUAUUUAUAUUUAAAUUCAUUUCUUCUACUGCCUUAGCUGGCACUUAUCCUUUAGGAUUGACAAUACUCGGUGAAUUUACUCCUGCGCAUAAGAGAGCUAUAAUGGUGGCUAUGAUUGGGACAGUAUUUACAAUGUCAUUUGGUUUGCUAGGAAUACUAUCGAUACCAAUAUCCAACCUAAAGUUUUCAUAUCACGUGCCAAUUCUGGGUAUAAACCUGGUUCCCUGGCGUCUUCUAAACUUCUUGACCACGACACCAGCUGCCAUUGCCGCAUUUGCCACUUACCUUACAUAUGAGACACCAAAGUUUCUUUUAAGUGUGGGAGAGGAAGAGAAAGCUUUAGAUGUGUUAAGAAGAAUGUUUAAGAUAAAUACUGGCAAAGGAAGAGAGCAAUAUCAGGUACAUUCCUUAUUCUUGGACGAAUCGAGUUCAGAACCGAGCAAGAGCUUAUGGGCAUCUAUAAAAUCUCAAACAACGCCAUUGCUAAAGCCGCCGUUACUCAAGAAUACUCUAAUUCUCUCCUUUUUAUUCAGUAUCGUAUACUUUGUUAUUAAUCCAUUCUACGUCUGGUUACCCGUAGUAGCAAAUGCUAUAGUACAAACCAAGAACAAUGGGCAAAAUGGCCUUACCCUUUGCGAAACACUUCGGUAUUCUGAAAAUCUCACUGUUGCACAGAGUAAUGUAUGUGCAAUGAAUAGUACGGCGAUGUUCACUGUAUUUAUAGUGACUCUCGUGUUAGGAAGUUUGAACGCCUUUCUCAGUGCAACUAUUGAACAUAUUGGUAAAAAGAGGCUUCUUAUUUUCGUCCAGAUAAUCUCAGCUCUGACAGGCUUGGGCAUUAACUUCAGUGCUCACUGGGCUAUGAAUAGUGUUUUGUUUCUUCUCUUCUUGGUUGGAAUACUAAAUUUCGGCUUCCUCUGCACCUUUAGUGUUGAUAUGUUUCCAACGUACGUCAAGUAA